UAACACAUGGAAACUAAAUUAAACAGGAAGAGAAACCUACACCUCAAAUUGGGACACAAAACAAGAGAACAUUGCGGCUGAAGAGCGGUCUUGUGCUUCGCGGAGCGGAAACGCCCACAAGACCCAAGAAGGGAGUUUGUUGAGCAUCAUAUAGUAGUUGGUUACCGAAAGGUGGUUGAGUUAAACCUGUCAAUUAACGGGAAAGCUUUAACGGGCGAGCACGAACGUUUUAUUUCCUAAAGUUUUCCCGGUGAACCUUGCAGUUACAGGCACCUUGGCAGAUUUCUGAUGGAGUGGCGUGAGCACACCACCGUAAGCUGCGAAGAUGCCUACAGCGAGGCGCAGCGGUGGCUGGAGGAAGUGACACACAAAUCAUUUAGAAGUAGUAACUUCCGCUGUGCACUAGAAGAUGGGGUCCUGCUCUGCGAUCUGAUCAACCAGUUGAAACCUGGGGUCAUAAAGAGAGUUAACAGACUGUCUACUCCCAUUGCUGGACUGGACAAUGUCAACGUGUUUCUGAGGGCUUGUGGGAAACUUGGUCUGAACGAGGCUCAGCUGUUUCAUCCUGGUGACCUGCAGGACCUGUCCACUCGUGUCAACCUUCGACGUGACGAAAGCAACAGAAGGUUAAAGAACGUUCUGAUCACAAUCUAUUGGCUUGGUAGGAAGGCCCAGGUGGACCCCUGCUACAGUGGGCCUCAACUCAACCUCAGGGCCUUCGAGGGCCUGCUGGGCAUUGCUCUGUCCAAGGCUCUGGAGGAAUCGUCAGGUCCCAGGGUGGGGGCAGGUUUGAGGGACAGUGGUUACAGUGAGGCCUGGUAUCCAGAAAAGGAGCAGCUCCCACAUCCAGCCUACUGGAGGGAAGAGUCUUUGGAUGGCCUGGACUCCCUGGAGACAUGCACCACCAGGGCCAGCAGUCAGGGUUGUGGGAGCGAAGCAGGAGCAGAACAGGGCUUCAGGAUGGAGAGCAUCCCCAGACCCACUGACCCAGUGGCCCAGCGAGAUCGGGGGUACAUCCCAGCACCCCUGCGCAGGAAGCGGCUGGGGCAGGAGGAGGACCGGAGAGCGGCGGGGGCGGCCCCCCCCAGCCCUCUCAUCAGGCCCCCCCAGGUCAACCCUGGUUGGAUAUGGAGCAAGUCUCUGAGUGACAUUGUCGUGAGGCAGUGGACCCAGCAGCCUGUUCGCCAGGGGUCCGAGGGGCAUGUUGACAUGGCAGCAGAUAUCAGAGUGAAGGACAGCGAGGCAAAGUGGCAGGAUGAUCUGACCAAGUGGAAGAAUCGUCGCAGGAGCACCACCUCUGACCUGCGCAGGAAGGUACAGGAGAGGGAGGUGACUGGUGAGCUGGCAAAUGGGAGUGGCCCCACAGACACAAGGUCACUAGGCGGACUGCAGGAGAAAAGGGACCAGCAGCCUUCACGCCGUCAAGCUUCCUCCUCCUCUCCCCUCGAUUCCCCCACAGGCCAGGAGCCCUCUGCUGUGCUCAGACCCCAGACACAAGCUGUGCUGUCCCGUGGCUACGCCACCGAGAGCCCCUUCCCUCCCCUGACCCUCCAGGCCCCGGGGCCUUCCAGCCCGACCAUGCUUCCCUCCGAGGCCUCUCCUCUGGACGAGAGGAGUCACGCCGUCUCCCUGGCAGCAGACAGAGCUGGAGGAGCUCCCGUUUCCGCUGUGGACUUCCAGUUGUCCUCCCUGACUGUGGAACAGGACCGGGCUCUAGUGGUGGACAGGAGCACAUCUGUGCCGGGUUGGAGCGGACCUGCUCUCCCAGAACAGACCAGAACCACAACCAAGCUCUCCAAUGGGACCAGUUCAACCCCUGCCAACCAUGCUGUCCCACAGUCGUCGUUCUCCACCAUGGACCCCCCAGCUGAUACCCAGCUGCUUGUGUCAGUGGACCUCACCACUAGGGACUAUGUACCAAACCUCCAUCUCCAAAACCACCCACCCCAGGGUGGAUCCAGACCCUGGGAAGAGGCUAGGCUCAAUGGCCACCAUCCCAUGGAUAAGCAGCCUGAACGGGGCAUGGCUGAGCCAGAUGCCGGCCUGUACAGAUACAGCUCCAGGACCGGGUCCUGGUCAAGGGGGUCCGGGGCUGCCAAGGGCAAUCUUGGUGGGGCCAGAGUAUCUGCCACUCUCCCCCGGGGGUUUAGAAGGUCAGAGGGUAGCUGCCGUCUCUCUGUGGUUGUCACACCAAGGCCUUUCGGAACCAAGUCCUCUUUAGUGUCCACCUUACCCAGGCUCUUCAAGGUAGUCAACCGUAAGUCGGUCACUUUCAAUGCAGAGAAAGACCAACCACCAACCCCGACUAGCCCCUCCUCCCUCAGACAGGCUCAAAGUCAAUCCUGGCCGGCCGACAAUCAGAGAAGCAACAGCGAGGAAGAUGGAAAGUAUGAAGAGGAGGAGAGAAGAACUUUGGCCUCCCUUCAGGCCAAAGUGUCAUGUACUGAAGCACAGAGCCCCGUCCAGGCCCAAGCUCACCCCCAGACCCACUUCCAGACCCAGACACGUGGUGGUCAUGCUGCUCUCCCUUGCCCAGACACCCCCAGACCUGGACACAGGCCCCACAUUCCACAGCGUCGUCACAGUGACAUGAGAGUAAGCUUGAGCCUGAAACCCAACAGCAGACCUGACUUUGGUUUCCAGACACAGUGGGACUCUACAGGAGCGCACGUUCAACUGGUCCAUCCAGGUAGCCCUGCCGAGCAGUGCCAACUGCAAGUGGGUGAUGAGAUAGUGGCGGUGGGCGGGCACAAGGUGGCACAGAUGAGCUACAAGCAGUGGAAGGGCACCAUGAGCUCCGCCAUGCAGACUGGUAGCCUCACCAUGGACGUACGUCGCUACGGCAACAACGACUGGGCCAGUGGUGCCUCGCAGCAUCAGAGCUGUCAUAAGACCGUCAACCUGACAUCGGGAGCACCCACUCUGAUUGGUCGCCCCAACCAGUGUGCAAAUGAGCAGUCAGAAGAUGCUGACGUCUCCAAGACAGCAGCUAUGACCAAACCCAUCCAGGUCAGUGGAAGUCCUGCUUCAGGGGACGAGGCGGCAUCUAAAGUCAAGAAUGUCCAUGAAGACCCAGUCCCCAUCAGUAGCCGAGAGGUGAACCGUAUUACUCUGAGAAACAGGAAGAGGAGAGCAGAGUUCUUUAAGCAGAAAGGGUCAUCUGGGGUCAGCUCCUGGGUCUACCUCUGUGGGGGCUCGGAGUCCGCUAUAUCAGACCUGCAAGUGCCCUCCAUCAGCCCCAUGCCCUGCAGCUGGUCCUGGGACCCAGAGGAGGAGCGCAGGAGACAGGAGAGGUGGCAGGAGGAGCAGGAGCGCCUCCUACAGGAGAAGUACAGGCGUGACCAGGAGAGGAUGGAGGCAGAGUGGAAUCAAGCUCAACAAGAAGCAGGUGGGGAGGUCUACAGGAAGCCAGAACAGACCAAAGGGACAACCGGCUCUGCGCCUAUCUCCCAAUCAUAUCUGAGCCAGCCCACGCCCUCUACCAAUGGUGUGACCAAUCACAAGAAUAAUACAGAGUUGGACCAGGUCCAAAAGGAACAUGUGUGGAAAGAGGCAAAGUCAGAGCCAGAGAAGCAGGGAGAAGAGAGAGAUGGACUGUGUGAGCAGCAUAACUGGUCAGGGGGCUCCUCCUAUGGCUUCACCAAGCUGUCUGCUGCUGACAGGACCAAGUCCACCCCAGUGUUGGAUGACCUUCAUAAGCAGGAGACAAAAGGAGCAGGGCAGGAGGAGCGGCGAAAGAGGUGCAGCCAGGGGGGGGCGUCCCACGUGGACCAGGACAGGCAGCGCAUCCUGGAGGAAAUGAGGAAGAGGACCCAGCUGCUCACAGACAAUAGCUGGAUCCGCCAGCGCAGCAGCAACAGCAUCUACAAGGAACCCAUCUAUGUAGGGACACCCAUGAGGAGAUACGAGUCCCUGGACGACUUGGACAUCACCACUCCCAUCUCCUCCACGGUCAAUCAGAACCGCCCACACUCAGCUGCUGGCUACUCCACACCCAGUAGGAUAUCUGCCUCCCGCUACAGUCUGGGGGCGGGGUCAUCAGAGCAUCACCCCCCCUGGUCCCGCCCCCCCAGCACCUCCCCCACCCCUGGAGAGGAGCCCCAUAGCCAAUCACAACCCAGCAUUCAGCCUGCUGCCAGGUUGGUGAGUGGCAGUCUGGCAUGCUGUAUGUGUGAGCGGUCACUGGGCAGGGGGGCAGCCAUGGUCAUCGAGGCCCUGGCACUCUGCUUCCACCUGGCUUGCUUUCAGUGUGUGGACUGCAGGCAUCCUCUCGGACAGUCAGAGGACGGAGCCCAGGUCAGGAUCAGAGACCGCAAGCCCUACUGUGACCGCUGUUACCUCAGGCUCAGAGUUGGACCCCCCGCCUUCCUGUGACCAGCAUGCAUUGCAACACAUCGAGGAAGAAACGGCCCUCUCGAGGACAACCUUGCAGAGGCUAACCACGACCACUCCCACGAGUAUACAAUGACCACAGAACCACCACAAAUACGUCCUUCUGUCUGCUAGUUCUUCAGAGGUCUGAGAAUAGCAUGUCGUCUAAAUUCUAUAUCAUUAACAGAAACAGGGGUUUCUAUUUAAUUGUCCUUCAGUCUUUAAAGACCGAACUGUAGGGGAGAAAGGGCUACGCAGUAAGAAAUUAAACGGGUUAUACAACACGUUUUUUUUCACAGUGAUUAAAUACACUUCUAAAUUGUUUGACUGAAAUUAAUAUAUACAAAAUUAUUAUGAUCACAUGCUAAAUGUCUGUGUGCGCAAACCUUAAUUUUUUUCGUUGUAUUCUCUUUUUCCAUCUUGUCAGCUUUUUAGAAAUGUUCUUUAUUCGAAGGAGAGUAUGUGUUUUCUUUUUGAAAUACCUGUGUUAUACAGUAAUAGUUAGACACAUCUGGUGAAAACCAUGUUUUGGUAAUAUAAGUCUAAAAAGUCUAAAAUAAAAGUCUGCACUGGCUACCAUACCAGGGGCACUUUGUGGCAAAUACGGGGGCUCAGUGGAAACAACGGCAUUUUAAUAAAGAAACUGACAUAAAAUGUAUUGUUUGUAAAU